GCGCAAUUCAACACAUCUCGAUUGAAUUUGUAUACGAUCAAAACAUGGCUGCUGGUUAAGAAAGGAUCAGCUGUGGAUGCUGUUAUAGCAUCAUUGCUGAUUGUUCUAAGUAAUAUUUUAUACAUUAUUUAUCUAGCAUGAUGAAACUACGAGAUUUUUGCUGCCUGAAACAAUUUAGAAACUUUCCUUAUCCGCUAUUGCCAUGAUGUUUCAUGUAGCGUAUACUAAAAUAAUCAUCUUCAUAUUUGUAGUGAUUUAUAAUUUAGAUAAUUUGAAGAAUUGUGAGUGCCAACUUGUUAUCAAUGUAAAAAAUCAAGGAGGUGAUAUUGUUCAGGAGUCUAUUACUUCUAACAUUACAGAGGAUACGAUCACAUUGGAAUUUCAGCGGCCGGAAGGAACCUUAAUUACUCAAUUUGUAGACUUUAGAUCGGAGGUUCAAAUCUUCCGUGUCCUUGUAUUGGGUGAAGAGGAGAGAGGUCAAAGCCAGUACCAAGUGCUGUGCUUUGUGACUCAACUCACUAAGAAUGAUUUUAUAUCUGCUGAUGCUAUGUCCAAGCUCAGACAGCGUAACCCUGGUGCAGUACGCCAGCCAGAAGAGGACAGGGGUCGAGAACUCCUGGAGAUGGAUUUGAGUGUAGAGUUGGAUAAGUCUUCCGUCAUCUCUCCCCAUCUUCCCAACCUCUGUGAAGAGGCCACCCACUCCGCCUAUGCAAGGGAGGUAGACUUGCGAUCAUGGGCCAGCCCCAAAGCUCUUAGUAGAGACAUUGUGACCUUGACUUCAGCUGUUAAGCGCUCUCCACCUCCCAAGCCCGUCCGUUGCAAUGAGAACAGUAAUUUGUGGCAACCCUGCCAGUGCCGUCUAGAAAUAUGUGUUGGUUGGUAUCCAUGUGGUCUUAAAUAUUGUCGUGGAAAGGACUCCUCUGGUAAAGCUAUCAGUUACCGAUGUGGCAUUAAAACAUGUCGCAAAUGCCGUGCAUUUGAGUUCUUCGUUCAGCAGAAACAGCAAUGCUUAUGGGAUGAGUGAAUACCAUAAAAAUUAAGCAUUGAUGAUCUGGCAUUGGUUUAAGUUAAUCUUUAAAUGAUAGAUGUUCUUAAUUUAUGAGAUAUUUUGACCUUUUAGUAUAAAUAAGCCAUUUUCUUAAGCAUAUUUAAGUGAAUUUGAAAAUCCAUUUCAUAUUGAUACUCAGUUAAAGAAUUUUAAUCAUUUCAUCAUUAAUUUCUUAUUUUAUAAUUUCAAAGUAUAUUAAGCUUUGAAAUAAAAUGAAAAAAAGAAACAGCUAUAAUACUUUGAAACAAAACCAAUAAAACAUCUUAUUAUUAGCUUUUACUAAUCCUUGAGUUAACUUGUCAUUCAAUACUAUUUUGUAUUUCAAAUGCUGGAUUAACUGAAGACAAGAAUAUUUCAUUUUCAAAAAUAUUAAAUACAAACCACUGUGUUAUAGGCUGGAAUAAUUUUGACUACUAAAAAAAAUUAAAAAUGUUAUACACUCUAGGCGCACUCUUAAAGCAUUCUAUUUUCCUUUGGUCAGGUAAGAUAAAGAUAACUUAAUAGUUGUAAAUUGUACAGAUCUGUCAGGUAGUAGGAAAAACUGACCCUGUUAAUUCUAAGCAUCUUGUAUACGAGUGCCAUUUUUAAUAAUAAGUUUUUAAAAAUAUUAUUGUUUUGCUGGUUAAUGCUGGAAUUUUCCAGAUCAUCAAUGCUUAUUGAUUAAAUCACCUUAAAUUUGAUUCUCCAUGGACAAAACAACAUCAUCAAGUAGUGAUAGAAUUUUUUGAGUCAAGCAUCAUUUGCCUUGGAUGGUAAGUUUUGUUGAAACCAUCCCUCAUAAUAUAUAUACAUAUAUAUAUAUAUUAUAUAUAUAUACAUAAUACCCUUCUGCUCUAAAAAAUCUUUUGUUACUGAGAAAGGUUUAUGAAGAGAAUGCAUUUUUUGAAAUGUGUUUGUUAGAAUAGGCUCUGUGUUUACAUUUUUAAAGCUUACUGUGUGAAGUUAAUGAUUGCAAGUAGAAUCAGUUAAAGUUUGGAAAUGUGAUUGAAUAGAAACUCUAAUCUACUCAUCUGAAGUUUUAUAACAUGUUAUUCAUAUAUGAAAAAGAUAAAAUGUGAAAGGAAGUGCACUAAUUCGUGUUCCCUAAAAGUUCCAUUAUUUGUCAGAAUGUUUCUGUUGCAUAAAUUGUUAUGUAACAUUUUUAUAUAUAUCAGUGUUGCACAAUAUCAUUUGUCUGUUCAAUUCAUGUUAUUGCAA